UUCAUUUACACUUCAGUGGUAUAAGACCAUGUUUCAACUUGACAGAUUCUUUUUCUAUCCGGUUCCUUUUCGUGAACGCCAGCCAAAAUGAAAGCAAAGGGACAGUUGAAGGAAUAUGAAGUCAUUGGCCGCAAAUUGCCAACGGAGAAGGAACCACAAACUCCUCUUUAUAAGAUGAGAAUAUUUGCGCCUGACAAUAUUGUUGCAAAGUCGCGUUUCUGGUAUUUCUUGCGUCAACUAAAAAAGUUUAAGAAGACAACUGGAGAAAUAGUGUCAUUGAAGCAAGUAUACGAAACUUCGCCUAUUAAAAUUAAGAACUUUGGUAUUUGGCUUCGUUAUGAUUCUCGUUCUGGUACACAUAACAUGUACCGCGAAUAUCGUGACCUAACAGUUGGAGGAGCUGUUACACAGUGUUAUCGUGAUAUGGGUGCUCGUCAUCGUGCUCGUGCCCAUUCCAUUCAAAUUAUUAAAGUGGAGGCUAUCCCUGCCAGUAAAACACGCCGGACUCAUGUUAAACAGUUCCAUGAUUCAAAAAUCAAAUUCCCUCUUGUGCAAAGAGUCCACCACAAGGGCAACAGAAAAAUCUUCUCUUACAGGAAACCAAGAACCUAUUUCUUGUAAAUAUUCUGUGACUAACACAAUUUUCGUAAAUAAAGAUUUAAAGUUUUGAAAAUUAUAAAUAAAA